GGGGUGGAAAAUGGGGCAGAAAACCCCAAUUUGGGGUGGAAACGGGUGGAAAUGGGGCAGAAAACCCCAAUUUGGGGUGGAAAUGGGGCGGAAAACCCCAAUUUGGAGUGGAAACGGGGUGGAAAUGGGGCAGAAAACCCCAAUUUGGGGUGGGAAACAGGGUGGAAGAUCCCAUUUUGGGGUGGAAAUGGGGCAGAAAUGGGGCGGAAAACCCGAAAUUGGGGUAGAAAUCGGGUGGAAAACCCCAAUUUGGGUGGGAAACGGGGCUGAAAACCCCAAUUUGGGGUGGAAAUGGGGUGGAAAGGGGGUGGAAAUCCCCAAUUUGGGGGUGGAAAUGGGCCAGGAGAAGCUGGUUUGGGGUGGAAAUGAGGCGGAAAACCCCAAUUUGGGGUGGAAACGGGGUGGAAAUGGGGCGGAAGACCCCAAUUUGGAGUGGAAAUGGGGUGGAAGACCCCAAUUUGGGGUGGAAACAGGGCGGAAAAACCCCGAUUUGGAGUGGAAACGGGGUGGGAAAUGGGGUGGAAGACCCCAAUUUGGGGUGGAAAUGGGGUGGAAAAGGGGUGGAAAACCCCAAUUUGGGGUGGAAAUGGGGCAGGAGGAGCUGGUUUGGGGUGGAAAUGGGGCGGAAAUGGGGCGGAAAACCCCAAUUUGGGGUGGAAACGGGGUGGAAGACCCCAAUUUGGGGUGGAAACGGGGUGAAAACCCCAAUUUGGGGUGGAAAUGGGGUGAAAAUGGGGCGGAAAAACCCCAAUUUGGGGUGGGAAAUGGGGUGGAAGACCCCAAUUUGGGGUGGAAAUGGGGUGGAAGACCUCAAUUUGGGGUGGAAAUGGGGAGGAAACGGGGCAGAAAAACCCCAAUUUGGGGUGGAAAUGGGGUGGAAGACCCAAUUUGGGGUGGAAACAGGGUGGAAAUGGGGCAGAAAACCCCAAUUUGGGGUGGGAAACGGAGUGGAAAUGGGGCGAAAAACCCCAAUUUGGGGUGGAAAUGGGGUGGAAAAUGGGGCGGGAAAACCCCAAUUUGGGGUGGAAAUGGGGUGGAAGAUCCCAAUUUGGGGUGGGAAACGGGGUGGAAAACCCCAAUUUGGGGUGGAAAUGGGGUGGAAAGGGGGUGGAAAUCCCCAAUUUGGGGUGGAAAUGGGGGCGGGAAAACCCCAAUUUGGGGUGGAAAUGGGGUGGAAAGGGGGUGGAAAACACCAAUAUGGGGUGGAAAUGGGGUGGAAAACCCCAAUUUGGGGUGGAAAUGGGUGGAAAACCCCAAUUUGGGGUGGAAAUGGGGCGGAAAUGGGGCAGAAGACCCCAAUUUGGAGUGGAAACAGGGGUGGAAACGGGGCAGAAAACUCCAAUUUGGGGUGGAAAUGUGGUGGAAGACCCCAAGUUGGAGUGGAAAUGGGGCAGGAGGAGCUGGUUUGGGGCUGAAAAAGGGCGAGAAGCGUCGUCACAGGGCGAGAAACGGGACGAGAAACGGGACGAGAAAUGGGAUGUGGGUCCCCAUUUUGGGGUGAAAAGCGGCGUAAAAAGGGCGCUGGGGGACGGAAGUGGAUGAGGAGGACUUUGGGGCGCAAGGAAUGGGGGCAAAGGGGUUUUUUGGGGGUAAAACCAGGUGGUUUCCCAGCCUGGAGGGCCGGGAUCGGCCUGCGCUCCUCCUUCGCAGCCGGCGGUCAAUGAGUAACUCCUGACUCAGGGCUUUGGGGCCGAAAGCGAAAGCGGCGGCGCUGCAGGAAGCUGGGCCCCCGUCGGCCGCCCGACCUCAGCCCCCCGCCGGCCCUGAGCUGCCCCACGGCCAUGGGGACGCUGGCGUCGUGGUGAGCCCCUCUGCCGAGCGCCCAUCCCCG